AUGAGUCCAAAGGGAUCCACCAACACGAACGUCUUCAAAACAGUUCCUCCUCAACAGUCUAGGCUGGCAAAAUCGUUGGCUGACCAAAUGUUUUGCGACCCUGAGAACACUCGGCUAAAAGCCAUUUUGGACGAGGUGCUUGCACGCACAGCCAUACACGAAGAACAGCAGAAAAACAGUGCUCUUACCAAGGAGCUCCGCGUCGCAAAUGAGCAUGUAGAGUUCCUACACAACCAACUCCAGCUUCAGAUACAAGUACCUGGGGCUUCAACCUUCACCACCACCACUCUCCUGCCCACAGAGAUUGCUCCUGUUGAGAAUUCCUCAGCGGAAGCCUCUGCACAUGGUCCUGUCACCAUCCCUACACCCUCACCCACCACGUUUUUGGCUGCUGCCAAGAAGGCGAUGGGGAAGAAACCCAACCAGCCCAAGCUCACCACUGCCCAAACUACCCGCGCCCUGCAACCCGAAAGUGGACCAUCUGCAUAUGCAUUUGUAUACCUGCUCUGCCGCCACCACCUCAAGUACUCCCAAGUACGAAAGCUCUUGAGAACAUUCAAGAUCCAACAGUCCCGUGUCUUGGACAUUGCAUUCCCAGAACGCGGCACUCUCUCCCUCCUUGUGCACAACGACUUCAAGGACAAGAUCACCCAGCUCUUCGCAGACAUUGGCGUGUCUGUGAAGACAGAUUUUGAUCCCUUGGACCAUCGGAUCAUUGCUGAUCCGGCACAUGCCCACAAACCUGUGCAGGAACGCCAACAGCUUGCAUACAAGCUACACCACCAACGUCUUCUCGCUCUCUGUCUUUGCCUCCCUGCCCCACUGGGCAAAAGUGUCAUGAGGCACUUUUGUACAGUGGAAAGUAGCUCUCUUCGCCUCCCUCCAGUCUGCCUUGAGCAGUAUCUGGAAGACCGAAACCUUCCAUCUGGCCCCCAAGCCAGUGCCAUUGACACUGCCACUGCCAUGGUCAUAGGAUAA